GUGAUUAAGGAAGAAAAAUGGAAGCAGAAGCUUUUGAUCUCUUUGACCAUCCUAGCAGCACCACAGGGGAGUGGGGCACACUAGCCCCAAGGAAAACCUCGUUUGUUCCAAUCACUGUAAGUCAUGGUUUAGCAUGACACCCGAAUGCAGCCAUUCGCUAUAUGGAACUCUUCUAAUAGGGAGGCCUAGUUGUGGCUGGUGCUACAUUUCUAAAGACAGGUUGUGUGAUCUGGAAGUUUUGUCUGCUGGCCCCAGCAAUGUGGGAGUAGGCAGGGGCUAAUGAGACAUGAAGAAAUGGCAUUCUGCACAUGCUCAGGGGUGUGUCUUCUUUAUUUCUUCACAUAUUCCAGGACUGAGCCCUGGCUUGUGGCAGACAUCAUGCAAUGUGCAGAAAUAAGUGAGUCUGUUCUAUCUAGAGAAGGUUUAUUUAAGCUUCAAGUCAUCACGUCUAAACGAUGCAGGGUGCUAUUAUUGUGACUGCUGUUCUUCCCUGGGCUUUGACUAUGACUCAGGUCUCUAUCUGGCUGCUACAGAAGAAAACUGGUGUGUAAAAGACGGAAGUCCUCUCUGUGCCGGACCCCUGGACAGGAGACAGCAUGGUUUGCUAGCUAUCUGACUGAGUGCCUGGCUUCCACGAUGCCUGUGCAGGCGGCUCAGUGGACAGAGUUCCUGUCCUGCCCAAUCUGCUACAACGAAUUCGACGAGAAUGUGCACAAGCCCAUCAGCUUAGGCUGCUCACACACCGUCUGCAAGACCUGCUUGAACAAGCUUCACCGCAAGGCCUGCCCUUUUGACCAGACAGCCAUCAACACUGACAUUGAUGUGCUUCCUGUAAACUUUGCACUUCUUCAGUUAGUUGGAGCCCAGGCACCUGAUCACCAGACCAUCAAGCUAAGCAACUUAGGAGAGAACAAACACUAUGAAGUGGCCAAGAAAUGUGUUGAAGAUCUGGCACUUUAUUUAAAGCCACUAAGUGGAGGCAAGGGCAUCGCUAGCCUGAACCAGAGCGCACUGAGCCGGCCCAUGCAACGGAAACUGGUGACACUGGUGAAUUGCCAGCUGGUGGAAGAGGAAGGCCGGGUCAGGGCCAUGCGGGCAGCCCGCUCCCUCGGGGAGAGAACUGUCACUGAGCUGAUAUUGCAGCACCAGAACCCUCAGCAGCUGUCUGCCAAUCUCUGGGCCGCUGUCCGGGCACGAGGGUGCCAGUUCCUUGGUCCAGCUAUGCAGGAAGAAGCUUUGAAGCUGGUGCUGCUGGCCUUGGAAGACGGCUCAGCCCUUUCCAGGAAAGUCUUGGUGCUUUUUGUAGUCCAGAGGCUGGAGCCAAGAUUCCCCCAGGCAUCCAAAACCAGCAUUGGCCACGUGGUGCAGCUUCUGUAUCGAGCCUCCUGCUUCAAGGUCACCAAAAGAGAUGAAGAUUCUUCCCUGAUGCAGCUGAAAGAGGAAUUUCGCAGCUACGAGGCAUUGCGUAGGGAACAUGAUGCUCAGAUUGUCCACAUUGCCAUGGAAGCCGGGCUUCGAAUAUCACCAGAGCAAUGGUCUUCCCUACUCUAUGGAGACCUGGCACACAAAUCCCACAUGCAGUCCAUUAUUGACAAGCUUCAGUCCCCAGAAUCCUUUGCAAAAAGUGUGCAGGAGUUGACCAUUGUUCUGCAACGUACAGGUGACCCUGCAAAUUUAAACAGGCUUCGGCCCUAUUUGGAGCUAUUAGCCAACAUAGAUCCUAAUCCAGAUGCAACAUCUCCAACAUGGGAACAACUGGAAAAUGCCAUGGUGGCUGUGAAGACAGUUGUCCAUGGCCUGGUGGACUUCAUUCAGAAUUACAGUAGGAAAGGCCAUGAAACUCCACAGCUGCAACCAAAUAGCAAGUACAAAACAAGCAUGUGCCGUGACCUGCGACAGCAAGGCGGGUGUCCGCGAGGGACCAACUGCACUUUCGCUCACUCUCAGGAAGAGCUGGAGAAGUAUCGGCUAAGGAACAAGAAGAUCAGUGCCACAGUGAGAACCUUCCCCCUGCUAGGCAAAGCCAGUGUCACGAGCGCAGUCUCCACCACGACAGGAAGCAUCAUUUCCAUCAUGGGAAGCGCGGAGAACUCUGGGAAGAUGGCACAGAGCACUAACGGCAUUGUGAGCCUGGAGAGAGGCAGCCCCCAGCUGAUCCCACGUUGCGCUGACCCCUCGUCCAUGAUGGUGUUGGAGAACGUGAAGAAAGCGGGGAAAGCUGGAGCCAAUGGACAGAACACCCCGGGCUCCUUGGCAGACCCUCUCUCUGAAAAUAAAAUUGGUUCCCUUUUGAAGACUCCUGUCAGUCAGGUGGCAGCUACCUCAGCAGGUCCUCCUCCUCCCCCGCCGCCUCCUCCUGUGGGCACAGAGAUAAACUCCAUCACCCCCCAAGCUGGCCCAUUUGCUGCCCGAAUGCCUGUCUACCCACCUCACUCCGACAGCCUCCAGUAUUUUCAAGAUCCCAGAACCCACCUCUCCUAUGAACCCCAGCAGUACCCACAAGCAGGAUACUACCCAGCACCACCGACGGUCCCAGCUGGUGUGGCCCCUUGCCUCCCUCGGUUUGUGAGGCCCAGCAGUGUCCCUGAACCCCCCCUGCCACCUGCUUCUGUGCCAUACGGCGACCAUUACAGCGCAUUCCCCCCUCGGGACAGAUUGAGCUCUCCUUACCAGCCGCCACCCCAGCCCUAUGGGCCAGUCCCAUCUGGGAUGUAUGCCCCGCUCUACGACAGCCGGCGGAUCUGGCGGCCGCAGAUGUACCCAAGGGAUGACAUAAUCCGGAGCAACUCCUUGCCUCCCAUGGACGUCGUACACCCCACCGUCUACCAGUCCUUCCUGCGGGAGAGAUACAACUCUUUGGACAGCUACUAUUCCAUGGCCUGUCAGUUGCCGGCUGACCAGAGGACGGUGCCUUCCUUGAGGGAUCCUUGUGGCCACUUGAAACCCACUUAUGACGACCCACUGCGGAGGAAGCAGGAGCAGUGGGCCCCAUGCCACAUACCAAAAACGCCUCUCGUGUCCUCCUCCACUCUGCCUGCAGCCACACAGUCGUCUCCUCCUCCUCCUUCCCCUCUCUUCAAUGUGGACUUCAGCCGAGAAUUCUGUGAGAACAGCCAGCACAGCUCCAAGUACGAGGAUGACCGCCUCUCCCACUACUCUCCCUGGUCCUGUGGCACCAUCAGCUCCUGCAUAAGUGCCAUUGAGUCAGAGCCCAAGGACGUCAUUGCCAAUUCUGGUGCGGUGCUCCUGGAUCUGGACAGUGGGGACAUGAAGAGGCGGGUGCACCUCUUCGACACACAGAGAAGGGCGAAGGAGGAAGACCCAAUCAUUCCUUUCAGCGAUGGGCCCAUCAUCUCCAAGUGGGGCGCCAUCUCCAGGUCGUCGCGCACGGGUUAUCACACGACAGACCCGGUUCAAGCUACUGCUUCCCAAGGAAGUGCUACAAAGCCAGUCAGCAUGUCAGAUUACACCCCUUACGUCAGCACCGUUGAUUCAAGAUGGAGCUCCUACAAUUCCGAUUCUACUUCAUCAGCGCCUUUCAGAGAACGGGACCGGUUCAUCCUCACGGAUGUGUCUGCCCCACGAAAGCAUUCUAGCACUGGAGAUCUACUGAGCGUCGAACUGCAGCAGGCCAAAAGUAACUCGUUGCUGCUUCAGAGAGAGGCCAACGCACUUGCCACGCAGCAGAGAUGGAGCUCCUUGGCAGAUGGAAGCCCCCUCUCUUUGACCCUCCUAAGCAAUGAAAUCAACCUGAGAAACGGAGAGUCUGACUAUCCGGAGGACAGUGCAGACACAAAGCCAGACCGAGACAUUGAACUGGAACUGUCAGCCCUCGAUGCCGAUGAGCUUGGUGGGCAGGGAGAGCAAAUUGAGGAGAUUCUGAGCCUGCAGCUUGGCAUUGGCGACCAGGAUGAUCAUCUGUUCAACGGGUCAGCUCUGGAGAACGGCCACCCUCUGGAACAGCCUCCAAAAGAGCCCAGGCAGCAGGCGAGGCCCACCUUAGGUGAAGACCUUGCUAUUCUGGGGAAGCAGAAAGCAGCCCUGCCAAUGACCUGCUUCAGCCAGCCACCGGCAGCAUCCCCUGUGAGUGGGGUGACGUCCCUGCCCAUCGCAGCUUCCUCCUCCUCCUCCUCCUCCUCCUCCUCCUCCGGAGUGGGCAGCCUUGUUCUCAAGACAGCCCACAGCCUCAAAGCAGCUCACAUCAUGGCAGAAGGGAAAAGCGACUUUUUAAGGCCAGUGGCAAAUGGCAAGAUGGUUAACAGCUGAGAGGUGUUAUGUUUUCAAGCUCGUGAUCAUGCUAAGGCAGCAUUUACACUAUAUUAUAUAAUGUAUAUAUUAUUUUAUAAGAAAAUACUAUUGGGGUGAUUUGUUUCCUGUGGACUCUUUGAUACAUCAGGCCCCUCUCAACUUAGCAUUCUGGAAAA